AUGGAAGACAUUGAGUACUUUCCUCAAGAAUUGCAUAUAAAACCGAAAUGUCUGAUCGCCCUAACGGGUCUCGAUGUAGACAGGAAACCCUUUCACGCAUCCGUGCUGAAUGGCUUCUGUUCUAGCCUACGUAACGACCGCUAUGCCUUGAGGUUCCGAAAUCUUCCUCUGGAUCAUCCGUAUUCAAAAGCUAAACCAAAGCACUCAUCGCAGUAUGAGUGGUAUCUUCCUAGAGGUCUGCUCAAAAGGCAAUGGAUGAAAAAACAUCUUGAGGAGUUGCCGGCCGUUGUGGUUGUUUUCUUUGACCUCGAAGGAAACGACAGAUGUUGGUCAGAUAAAGUCAAGGAAUGCUCACGCCGCGUCGAACUUGUACGAUCUAAUCUUAUUUCACGGGCCACGAAACUUGUUGUGACGUUAUUGCAGGAUAAGGCAUCAAAUGGUAUUGGUGACAACGUUAAUGCAACGGAAGUUUCACAGGAAUUGUGCGAUCAGUGCCAAAUUGGCAUUGAAAGUCUGUUUAUUUUACAGCAAUCUGAGCUCAUGCUUAAGUACAUUAAAAGAUUAGAAACAGAACUUUACGGAAUGGCCUGCAAUUACUAUCGUAAUGCUGCGAAGCGCGUCAAAGCCCACAAAUCCAGCCUUACCAAACCAACACAGCAGUUACUCCUCGUUCGUCAUAUGUUCAAAAUUGCAUUUUUUGAUGAGUUGAAACAAGAACCGGGUUUGGCCCUCAAACACUAUCAGCAAGCUUAUAACCACUUAUUGGAACUCAAAAUGCCCAAUGCCCACCUCCUUGAAUUCAAGGUCGUUGCAGGCUUUAUAAACUUCAAGAUUUGUCGUAUCUCUUUUCAAACGCACCCUUCGGAUUCAAUAUCACAGUUUCAGCGUCACAUAGAUUUCUUCAAAAUGGCUGUCGGGAUGCCUGAACUAGCCUACGAGCAUGAGGCGUGGCUUUCUAAGCAGUAUGAGAUAUUCGGAGAGCUGCUUGAUGAAGCAACGGAGUUCAGCUCUAAAGUUCCUAUCGCUCAGCAUCCGGGCCUAUACUUCCACGAGGCAGGUCGCCACACCAUGAAUCGACGUGCCAUCGCCGCCCGGCUUUGUGGGGCCAAUGCGGGGUGUGCUCUCACCCAACCGAACGGUAACAGCAUCGAAGGCAACUCUACUUUAUCCUUGAACAAAUUACCAACUCCAUCAGUGGCUGCAAAUAUCGUUGGCGGAGCUGUUCGGGUCAGUCACACCUCCGAUACUCCACCAAAUGCAGUCGCCUCCGCCACAGCCAAUUCUCUACCAGAGUUUUAUGGGCAGCGCGCUUGGCGCAAUGCCGGACAGACGGUAGAAACCACUGACCCAGUCAAGGAACGCGAGGGCAUCUUGGCUCUUCAGGCCAAAGAAGCGCAAGUCGACCACUCCAAAUUAAUAAUUCCACUUUUUUCACGCGCAUCGGUUCACUUUGAUCGCUGUGGCGCCAAGCGGCUGCGAAAUUAUCCCAUCUUCCACAUAGCUGAGGAGUUUUUUCUCCGAGGAGAAUAUGGAAGUGCUCUCGAGGCAUCCAAGUUCAGUCGACUGUUCUUUCUGGCCGCUCGUGUUUCAGCUAAAAAUCGGGGCGAAAAGUGGCCACAUCUCAUAUCCCUAGCCCGCUGCAAAGUAGGCACCACAGCAGAGACAGGAGAGGACGUCUCGCAGCCAGUGAAGAAGACCUAUGAAAGGCGGGUUUCGCAGGCCGCCGUGGCGAUGACGCCUGCGUUUGCGUGGGUAAUGCGUGCACAUGUGGGGGCAGUCCCCUGCAAAAAUAGGAUUCAAGUUGACUGUUCAAGAAGUGUUGCAACCUAUCAACCACCCGUGGAACUCGGAAUACCUACAGCUAAAGUCGUUGAUCUCUCUCAUCUUAAAAGCUGUGUUGAGGUGAAGGUGCAAUUCGCAAAGCCGUUCUUCUCGAUUGAUGAAGCGGUAAAACUCUUGGUCUUCGUCAAGUCAUUCACCCCCUUCACCCUGCAUUUCGACGCGCUCUCAGUCAAGCUAAACCACGAGUCGCUCAAUGACCGACAGAUCGCUCUAACUGGUGACACAACUACUACCACUUCCUCCAGUGUCUGUGAGUGGACUCAACCAUUCGAUCUCACGGCCGAAGUUCAUCUUCAACUCGUCGUUUUCACUAUUGACCCCAACACACUUGGCUCUGCUGUUCAGGUGGAGGCCAUUCAGGUCGCUAUCCCAUAUGCCGAUGGUGGAAAUCGACGUUACCACCUCUGUUGGUUUCCUUCCGCGGGGGUCCCUUUGCCCACAUCCAUUGUGAUUCCUUGUAACUAUAUGAGCCAAUUGGCGGAGGUCAAAGGUAUCUUUGCAUCUGCUGAAGAUAUCAACACCACUUUCAAAUCAAGUUUUACUCCUCAAUGGGAGCUAUUUACUAACCAACUUUCGGCUGAGAUAUUGCCGAAGUCGUCCAAGUUAGAGAUGAGCCUCAGACAUACCCCACCGCUGCUGUGCAACGAGAAGUAUGUCAUCUUGUGUCAAGUGAUAAACACUGAAUCAACAGAACUGAGCGAUCUGACGUUGUCGGCUAUGCUAGCUGGUGGAGGAGCAAAUGACCCUUCCAUGGAAAUUAGUCCCACCGCCCUGGAGGUGCCCAGACGUAUGGGCACUGUGGCAGUAGGUCAAUCUGCUGGCCGAGCCGUUGCCUCAUCCCCUUCUACUUCCACUUCUAUGGAUGAGCUCUUCUCCCAGGCCUUUCUCUCUUCUUGCCUUCCACCCGGAGCCGACCUUGUCUGUCCAAUUUUUGUUCAUUGCCCCAUUGUAGCUGGUGAUCGGAGUCUUCGCGUCGAUGCUCACUAUACUAUGCAGGCACAGCUUCCUACUGCUGGUGCGGUGUUCCUUUCGUGGAAUAAGAACGGCUCUAUCUGUGUUGCGUCUGCAGAGAUGAAGACGAAUAAAGAUGAUUUAGAAAAAUCCACUCUGGUACGGUGUAUUCAGUCGAAGCGUGUGCAGUUGUCGGUUACGCCACCCUUUGAAAUCGCCUCUCGUGUUCUCUCGCUGAAGGUCUGA